CCUCGCGCCUCUCUAUAAAAGGGAGCGGUGGAGCGCAGCUCUGCAGUGGUUACUUCAGACACACAAAGAGGGAGUGCUCGCUCCUCAGGAAACCCUGCAAGUUCGGAUCGCUACUACAAAAACAUUUGUCUCAGUGGAUUAUCCUCACUGGCAGGAUCCCAGCCAGAAUGAAACUGGUGCACGUAGCCCUGCUCUAUCUCGGCUCUGUCACCUUCCUCGGCAUGGAUGCUGCAAGGGUGAAUGUAGCGACAGAGUUCAAAAGAAAAUGGACAAAAUGGGCACUGAGCCGAGCCAAGCGGGACGUGAAGCCCACAGGCGCACUCCGAGGGCUGGGGGCAGCCGCCGACGUGCAGCCGCUCAUACGGACCCAGGACGUGAAGGAGGAACCUCGAAUCUCGCAUCCCAGCACUCGGGAGGAUGCUCACAUCCGCGUCAAGCGCUACCGCCAGAGCAUUAACAGCUUCCCCCACUUCCAAGCCAUCCGCACGGGGUGUCGGUUCGGGACGUGCACGGUGCAGAAGCUGGCCCACCAGAUCUACCAGCUGACCGAUAAAGACAAGGACGACACCGCCCCCGCCAGCAAGAUCAGUCCCCAGGGCUACGGCCGCAGGAGGCGCUCCCUGCCCGAACGCCUCGGCCCUGCGCGCUCCCCCCGGUCCGAGCGGCGCCUCCGGACGCCACGGGCGCAGCCGCUCGCCGCCGUCUUCGGGGUUUGAACUCCGUGCUACCGGCCGAGGCCGUCUCGGAUGGGUGGACUUAAGUAUGGACGCUCCGGAGGUCCGCUGCUGCUCGGCGGCCGCCGCCAGUAUUCGCGGAGAGCGACUGUCCAGGCGGAACGCCGGUGCGCCCUCCCAGGGCCGGGGACGGCGGAGCGGCGGGCCGCGCUGCCAGGGCCCGGCAGGGUGAGGAGCAGCCGGUUCUGCGGCCCGCGCCCCGCGCUGGGGGUCGGAGUGGGGAAGCUGUGAAAGCCGCGUCCCCCUGGGAACGCGCAGAGGCUGCUUCCCCGGUCCGCCGCAGCGGCGGGCCGGUCACUGACUCUUUACCCUCCGCGCGAGGCACCGCUGGUUCCGGCGCCCGCCGCCGCCUGGGACUGGAAGGCGCCAGAGGCGCCUCUACCCUGCCGGCCGCCAUGUCGCCCCCUGCCCCGCCGCUGCACUCGGGAGGGGGGGGGCGGGCCUUCCUUGCCGGCGGGCCGCCCUCAGAACUGCCCCGGCCCCGUCUGCCCCGAAGAGGGGCUGCUCAGGGGAGACCCACGGCCGGGGAAACCCGCCGGCGGGCGCCGGCCGCUGCGCUACGCCCCCGGACCCUGGGACCGCGGCCCCCGCCUCGCCCGCUGCCCAUGGCUGUUUGGGGGUGCGCGUUCGGCCCUCGGCAAGGACAUGUCGCCCACAUCUGCUCUACCCUCUGCGAUAUCUGCACCCGGCAGGGAAUCGGACACUCACUAGUCCCUGCGGGGACUGUAAUAUACUUGAACCUUCCAGAGAGGAAAAGUGCAAUUGUACGUGGUUUUUGUUAAUUUUAAGUGCGGUGUGUGUGGAUCAUGAGAUACGUAUCGAUAUUUAAGAUUGUCCUCUGUCAUGUCCUGUUUGUAUCUUUUUUUUUUGAAAAUAUAUUUUAUUUUUAUACGUUUUAUAUAUAUAUUGCAUAAGGGCAUUUUUAAACUUUGUAUCCCCUCUAUUU